CACUUACCAUAAACACGCGCGUUGCACUCGAAAAUCAAUUUUCUCCCGCUCCAGCAAAAUCAAAUUAGUAAAGCGAUUGCCACAUAAAUUUAUAGUAACAAAAAACAAUCAUCAAUGCCUCAAAGCUAAACCCCAAACCAUCUUCUUCGCCUUUUCUCUCUGCACACGAAUAUGGCAUCAAUUUGCGACAACGAUAUCCCUCUUCGACUACACAACAUCGACGCUUUCAUCGCUUCUUACAGAAACUCCCUCCACUCGCUCAGAGCCACCGCACUCGAAGCCGCGCGAUCUCAAUCCGAAUUAGCCGAGGUUAAAGCUAAACUGCGAGAGGCUGAGGAUGAAUUGGUAAAGGCACUUGCAGUUAAGACUCGGAGAGAGGCGAAGCGAAUGGCCUUGAAAGAGGCGAUUGUUUCUGUGAAGGGAAGAAUUGAGGAUCUGAAGACGAGUAUUCAGAAGCAGAGAACCAAAAACGAGGAAUGUGCCACGGUUGUGUCGCAUCACCGUCUUGUUUUGGAAGUGUCUGAACAGAAAUCAAAUGAAAGCAGUGAACAUAGAGAUGAAGUCCAGGAGGCCAUAUCUUGGUACAAUAGGAUCCUUGGUUUUCAGAUUGAAGGUGGACGUGGGGUAAAAUUCAGCUUCAAGAAUAUUAAUGUGGACAACCCAAAUGAGGAGUUCUUUUUUACCAUCCGCCACGAAGAUGACGUGUAUACAUUGCUAAAUUGUAAACCAUCUGUCAAAGAUACUGACGAGUUGAUCCAUGAAUUAAACAACACAAAUGGGCUAUUUAAAUUUGUCAGAACAAUGAGGAAAAAGUUUCAAGAAGUAGUGGCACAAGGCCGUUUAUCUAUGACAACAAAUGAACAUCAAGAAUCUGCCUUUAUCUCUGCAUCUGGUCCAGUUUUAUCAAUAUCAACCAUUACUGAAGAUAAUGAUCAUCAAGAUGAACCCACCAAAGGUAAUGCACAUCUCCAGAAACAAGUUAAUCGAAGAAGGGUAAAAUCAGCAAUUCUAUCUCCUGGAUCUGCAUCAUCUGUCCGUCAAUCUCCUCGUUUGAAGGUGUCGACUCAAAUACUCAAGCUGUAUGGAGAUGUUGGCUCAACUGUUUAAGUUGACACCUAAUGUGUGAUACAUGCAUGUCAAUUAGGUAUUGAGGAGGUAUCAAUGUUGGAAAUAUGUUUGAUGUCGUGACACUUCAAACAAGAGAAGUGUUUGUGCUUCAUAGGUUUUAACCAGUUUUGUGUUGCCAGAGCACUCACAUGAUGCUAAUGACUUGGUUUGUGCUGUACAGUACUAGGCAAAUUUUAACCCUUUGUUAUCUAGCUUAGCUUUCCUUCUUUUUGAUCUACAUUGGAUCAUCCAUUACCUGAUUUGGAGGCAGGAUCACUUACAGGAGCAGACUUGAUAAACUUUAUGUUAAUUCUGUCCCUAAUACUACUCAUCCUUUUCAAUUUUUCAUCAGAUGUAUGGGGAUCAUCACCACUAAUAUUUUUCCUGGCAUAAUUUAAUCAUAACAAAACUUGUGUGGUGGAAUUUUUAGAUGAUGAAAUCAAGAAAAUUGU